GGAGUGGCUAAAAAAACAAGUGUGAUCAGUGUUACAUUCCGUGCUCACACAGUCAUCAACAAGACAUAAAGGAAAUCAAACCCAUUAAAAGCCUUUAUGGAUGUUCUGAAAACAUGAAUACAUCUACCAAAGAGCUUAAUGCGGUGCUCGUGGGGUCAAAAAGCUCCCGGAAAUGUCUAGUUGGGAACAUCAUCCUGGGAAGACAGGCGUUUGAUCCAAGAGAUGUAACAUCUCAUUGUGAGAGGGGAGAGAGAAAAAUAUUUGGGCGAACAGUCACAUUGGUCACAUCUCCAGGGUGGCUGCGUGGAUAUACCCUGUAUCAUACACCAGAACUUUUCAAGAACGAAGCGAUUCUCAGUGUCACUCUGUGUCCACCUGGACUGCACAGUUUUAUCCUGGUGAUUAAUGCUGAACUACCAUUCAAAAAAGAAUCCAAGAAGGCAACAAGAGAGCACUUGCAACACUUUUUUGGUGACAAGGUGUGGGAUCACACGAUUGUGGCCUUCAGCCAAAGAGGCCAGAUAGGCCACACAACCAUAGAGGAUUACAUCACGAGGGAAGGAGCGCCACUCCAGUCCCUUUUAGAGGCAUGUGGUAACAGAUAUCUCACUCUUUAUGACGAUGGCGCCAACAACGACGUAAAGGUCAAAGAGCUGUUUGAGAAGAUUGACGCAUUGGUGGCCAAAAACGGAUGGUAUGAAGCAGACAAUACGCUGUUGCAAAGUACGGAGUUGAAGAGGAAGGGAGUGGCCGAAAAAGCUGAGGAGUUGCGUCUUCAAUCGCAACAACAAAGACAAGAGCUCAGAAAUCUCCUGACAGAGCCAGCACCCAACCUCAAGAUCUUGAUGGUCGGAUGGGUGUUUUCCGGGAAGAGUUUAAGUGGGAACACUAUUUUGAGCGCUGAGGACUUUCAUUCUGGUGACAGAACGGUGAAAGCUUUAAAGCGAAGCGGUGAGGUUGGUGGAAGAGAGGUGGUCAUCGUGGACACUCCUGGAUGGUGGAAAUUCUUCCCAGCGAUGUUUACUCCUUGGACUUUGAGAUCUGAGAUUUUGAAUGGAGUGUCUCUGUGCUCACCAUCCCCAAAUGUAAUAUUGCUGGCAGUGCCGGUUGACACAUCGUUCACCGAUGAACAGAGAAGAGUCACAGAGAGCAACAUGAGGCUGCUUGGACAGAGAGUGUGGAGACAUGUUAUUGUGUUGUUUACAUUUGGGGACGCUAUGGGGUACAAAACUAUUGAGCAACACAUUGAAAGUGAAGGCAAGGCUCUCCGUUGGCUUAUUGAGAAAUGUGGAAACAGGUAUCAUGUCCUAGACAAUACGAGCAAUGCUGAUGAUCAGGUAACAGAGCUGCUUCAAAAGAUGGAGGAGAUGGUGGCAGGAAACAGCUCUUUUUACAUCAGUCGCUACCCUGAAACCGGGAAUCCACAUACUGAGGAAGACGAUACAACUGAAAGCAAAGAUGAGAACACAACCAAGGAGAUCACAGAACAACUUUUCAUUGAGUGGGAUCGCAAUAACUGGGAAAAACACUAUAGCCAUCACAGUAUGGCCUCCCCACUUAACAUGAGUGAGGACAAGCAGACAUCUGGGAGUUCAGAAGGAGAGAAAGAACAAAUGGAGCACCGACAUGAAGAUGACUUUGAGACUUACUUUGGUGCUUCAAGUAAAGGCGAUGCAGCAUCUGGGCCUCUGAACAGAUGGAUGGGACUGCUGGAGCGAGAGUGGAGCAGACGAGAGGUGGCCAUGGAGCAGGCUUGGACGUAUUUCUACAAAGACGGGAAUGCCGACUCUGAGCCAGAUAGGUAUCGACUGCUGAAAUCAAGAGAAAAAGUAAGAUUGUGGCUGAAAACUCAACAUACAUCAUCUGCGCUCGGGACAGAUUCUGGGAUAGACUCAAACACCAUCGAGAAAUCGGAGGAAGAGAUACUGAGAGAAGACUACAGGAAGACUGUAGAAAGACACUGAGAAUGGACACUUGCUGUCACAUCUUGGUCUCAUCCAAGACUAGCGAGUUCCGUCGUAGGAGUGUUGAUUUAUGCAGCAGUGACCACCGCAACACAUUCUGACGCCUCUGUUCCACAAUACAAUGAAAGAAUGUAUAAUGUACAUUUACGCGUAAACAUGUAAAAAGUCCUGCUAGCAAUUCGGUUAUCAAGACUAUUUUUGGCAAUUUCUUUCCUUAUUCGUGACACCAAAGGAAAUAACUGCGUUUACGCACAAUCAGCCAUUUUAAAAGUCUUCACUAUGGCCUGAGUUUUCCAAAGGUUUUGUUUACAGUGACCCAAAUCGCCGUUUGUGUGCAGACAAAAGGCCAAAAGUCAUACAAAAAAAGUACAUGUACAUGUGGACUAGUCCCCAAUUCUGGGAAGUAAGUAGGGAAUAUCAGAAACAUUCCAAAUAUUACAAAGCUCUGAGGGUCGGACAAACAAAAAUUUGCUCAUGCUCAUAAUUCCUGUAUUACGAUACAGCCAACACUCACAGUUGUGACUUUUAUUUUUGCUAUUUUUAUCUAGCUAUUUCUUAUCUUGUUAAUCUGUGCUGUAAGGUUGCAUGUUGAGGUUGUGGGUUAGGGUUAGGGUUAGGGUUAGGCAGUGUGUGAUCAUUCAUUUAACCCAUUUUGCUCUUUGGGGCGCAGAGGUCAUUGAUGAACUUUCUCCAGCUUGUUGGGCGGCUGUCUCUGCUUCCUGAUUGGACAUUCGAGUUGAAGAUGCAGAUUUUAAAAAAAGUGUUUUGAAUUCCAUAUUUGUCUUAGAAAUAAGAAGGAUGAUCUUGCCUUUCCUAUUCCUGUUUGUAUGUCAUUAUCACUGCCAUUGUCCUACCUAACAACGCUUCCCAGGUACGUAAAUACGACCACUUUUUUUGUGCUUCUCAGUCCAGGUUUAUGGCAUUUUGUUUUAUGGUUGAUAUUAAUCACCUUGGUUUUUGAUUUAUUGGUGAGGAGUCCGGCAGAGGCUGCAAUUGUGGCAUGUUUUGGGAGUUCGGUCUGCAUUUGUGUAGACAUGUGACAAGAAGACUAUAUCAUCUGCCAAGUCCAAGUCUUCUAAUUGGGACUACAGUCUACUGUAUCCCCAGGUUUUGUUCAGUAAUGGUUGUCUUCAAGAUACAGUCAAUGGAUUUGAUCAGUAGGUUGAAUGCUGGGAAGUGAGAUACGCUCCAUUUUCCCAAGAAAUACACCUGGGGAACCCAGGAUAAUUAGUAUAUACAGUAUAUGCCGGUGUGCACGGUUGUAUUGUAUAUACUGAAUUAAAGAUGCUUCAUCAAAUCUUUAUUAAAGCUACCACGCAAAUGCCGCUGCUUAAUAAUAAAGUCCAACCUUGAAAUUUUGUUACUAUGUUAAUAAAGCUGGAUAAAAUUUU